ACGUGCACAAGCCGUACGCUUUUGGAUAAGAGGCGCGCGGGGAUUUGGAGCUGUUGACGUCAGACGAGUUUGAUUAUUUUGAUCUGGGGGGGUCAAAGAUGGCGGAGGCGGAGAUCAGGCAGAAGCUUCAGAAUCAUUCCGGGCUAAAUCGUAAAGGUGCGUGUUUGGCAGAAGACGUGUGUCGUAAGAUGAGCGGAGACGAGGCGGAGGAGUUGCUUGAAGAAGAGGAGGUGGCCGGGCCUGUUCAGAUUGUGGUGGCAGAUGAAGAUGAUCACCAGUUUUCUCUGGAUGACCAGGCACUGGAGCGCAUCCUGCUGCAGGAGCACGUCCGAGAUCUCAACGUAGUGGUGGUGUCUGUUGCUGGGGCCUUCCGCAAGGGCAAGUCCUUCCUGCUGGAUUUCAUGCUCCGAUAUAUGUACGACCAGAAAUCAGCCUCAUGGCUUGGGGGAAGUGAUGAACCAUUGACAGGCUUCACCUGGCGAGGUGGAUGUGAGCGGGAGACCACAGGAAUCCUGGCCUGGAGUGAAGUGUUUGUGGUCAAGAAACCAGACGGGACCAAGGUGGCUGUGCUGCUCGUGGACACACAGGGAGCCUUCGACAGCCAGUCUACCAUUAAAGACUGCGCCACCCUCUUCGCCCUCAGCACAAUGACCAGCUCUGUUCAGGUGUACAAUUUAUCUCAAAAUGUGCAAGAGGAUGAUCUUCAACAUCUGCAGCUUUUCACAGAGUAUGGAAGACUUGCUAUGGAGGAAAUUUACCUAAAACCAUUCCAGUCGCUAAUGUUUCUCAUAAGAGACUGGAGUUACCCGUAUGAACACAACUAUGGCCUGGAAGGGGGAAAUGCGUUUCUAGAGAAAAGGCUACAGGUGAAGCAGAACCAACACGAGGAGCUUCAGAAUGUCCGGAAACACAUCCACUCCUGUUUCUCUAACAUUAACUGCUUCCUGCUUCCUCACCCUGGCCUCAAAGUGGCCACCAAUCCCCAUUUUGAUGGCAGAUUGAGAGAUAUUGAUCCUGACUUUAAAAAGGAGCUGGCGAAUCUCAUCCCACUGUUGCUGGCUCCAGAGAACUUGGUGGAGAAAGAAAUUGGUGGUUCCAAAGUGACAUGUAGAGAUCUUGUACAGUAUUUCAAAGCCUACAUGAAAAUAUAUCAAGGGGAAGAGCUACCGCACCCAAAGUCCAUGUUACAGGCAACAGCUGAAGCUAACAACCUUGCAGCAGUCACAGGAGCAAAAGAUGCUUACAUGAAGAGCAUGGAAAAGGUCUGUGGAGGAGACAAGUCCUACAUCGCACCAGCUGAUUUGGAGCGCAAUCACGAAGAACUGAAGCAGAGCUCCAUACGGCAGUUCUGUGCCAUUAAGAAGAUGGGAGGCGAGGAGUUCUGCCGCCGCUACCAGGAGCAGCUGGAGGCCGAGCUGGACGAGGCUUAUGCUAACUUCGUCAAGCACAAUGACGGAAAGAACAUUUUCUUUGCUGCGCGCACGCCGGCCACACUCUUUGCCCUCAUGUUUGCCAUGUAUGUGGUAUCGCUAGUGACGGGCUUUGUGGGCGUAAACUCUGUGGCAAUGCUGUGUAAUCUGAUCAUGGGAGUGGCUCUGGCAUCUCUGUGCACUUGGGCCUAUGUCAAAUACUCAGGGGAGUUCCGCGAGGUGGGCUGCGUCAUCGACCAGGUGGCAGAAACUCUCUGGGUGCAGAGGACUCCGAGAAAGGUGUUUUGCAAGCUUUUCGAGGUUGCAAGGAACAAAGUGACGCUGCGCACGCUCCUGCCCACUCGGCGAAACAGACUGCCCUCAAACAACAAUGUGAAGAAGAAAAACUAGUUGCUACAUUCUUUCAUAAACUCCUUUGUAGGACCUUCUCAGCCCUGAUGAGCGAGUGGCCUCGGCCGCACCGGGUUGGGUUUAAGUACAAACUGCUCUGUGUACUCGGUUCCGUACAUUUAUAGAAUGCAGAAUGGCACUUUCAUCAUCCAGAUGUCCUUCAUUCCAUCAUGCUGACAUUUGUAUCUAAUGAAGGACUGAAGUUGAAUAUUUAAAUUUGUUAAUGCAUCAAAUGCUUCUUAUAUGCUGUUUGUUUGGCGUGGUGCGUGCGUGUUGCACAUUCCCUCAGCUUCCACUUCACUUCUGACCUUUCUCUAUUCUCUUCAUUCCGUAUUCAUGUCAUCAUUCCCUGUUCUGCAUUCUCUCAUUGUCUGUUUCGUCCUUUUUGUUUCUCUGCUCAGGUGUUGCAGUGAUUCAGUUUAUUUUAGGCUGAACUCCAUCCAAGCUUGCUUAUGUUUCCAAGUUACAGACAAACUGAUGCUGCACCAAUCAUAGAGCCAAAGUUUACGCCAUUCUUCAUGCACACUCUGUAGUGUGUGUGAUCGUCUUUGAGCGCUUGAGACAUUGGCAUUUAGUGGCUUAGCCACUAGCGGAAGACUGACAUUGGCCUUGUACUUCAAGAAAGGGUGCCCACUAGAGCCUUGCUAAUGAGGUGGAUAGUUAAACGUGCUGUUCUGCUCUCCCCAGUGAGAAAGUGGCACAUUUUAUACUGUAAUUUACUUUUCCACUGAAUAACACAAGGCACUUAAUGGUUAUUAUUCAUAAUGUGAAAGGAUUCUAAAGGAAUCGGGCACUAUCUAUAGAUUUUAAUCGCACAUUUCUUUGUUUUUGUCAGUCUUGUUUAAAUAAAUACAACACUGCAUAUUUUAUUCAAGGUGUAUGACAUGUCUUAUGUUCCACAGUAUUAUAAAAAUUGUGAGAUCAAAUCAUAGAGGUAAAGGAUGAACUGUACCAAUGACGGUAGCAAAGUGAAAUUACUGUACACAGUCGCUUCUAUAGGCCCAUGUGCUGUCUAUCUGCUGUAUAAUAGAACAUAGAUGCUUUGAUGAUUCCAUCCACAAGAUGACGGUUGACGUGAGCUAUCCUGUACAGUUCGGAUUUUUUAAACUCGUCACAUAGGGCAUGUGUAUGGAAAAUAAAUGUAUAACUAAAUUUUCUAUACCUUUUUUGUAGCUGGAACAGCAUCGGUUUUGUGGUAGACUGAUGCCCCGUUAAUUUAAAGGAAUGCUUUCGUGAUGUGUAAAUGUCAGAAGGAUGUAUUAUAUUUUUUCUUUUAUUUAUAUAUUAAUUAUUUACCUUGAGCAUUACGAUUCCACUCUUGCUGACCAAGCACUGGAAUGUUUAUAAUCUUUCACUUGUUUUCAGUUUUUAUUUUAUUUUUUUAUUUUUAUUUUUCAAUACAAUAUUAAAAUGAACCGCUGUAUAUCCAAA